UUGAAGGAUUCAGUUGUAUAGGACCAGAUCCCGUCGUAAUUUUUUCGGUACUUCUUUCUCCAAAUAGACUCGAAGACCUGAAUAACAGUCAUACCAUGGAUCUGAACCUUUCUUGUUUUGUUGAUUUUCGGAAUCUAUGGGUGCUUGAGGCUUAAUGCUUGCAAGAGUAACAAUUUUGGCUGCAGCUUGGAAUAUGUUUCAUUGGCUGCACAUAUGUCUUGAACUGUUCAAUGCAUGAUGAUGCACAUAUGUCAGAAGGUUUGGUUAGCUGUCCCUGUUGUUAUACGCCAACCCAGAAAUUAACAAUGCCUUGCUGAGGUACAGCCAGCUGGAAUAAAUAUUGCUGAGGUGUUGCAAGGUUGGGUAGUUGACUUGUGAUAAAUUGUGAUUGGUUGAAGAAGUGCUGAUCAAAGCUCGACUCAUCUGAAGGAGUAUUUCAUUAAGUACAACCAUCAGUUUAUACUGUGGUAAGAAAUAAAGAUGCCCCAGCUGUUAAUGUGCAAAGUCAGAAUAGCUGUCCCUAUUAUACUACGUCAAACCAAAAAACAAUUUCCGGUGCUGAGCUACUACUCCUCUGUGGAAGUGUUUUAUUAAGUACAGCCAAAUCGGAGAAGAAGGUAAUCGAGGGAAGCAACCACUACUUCUCCCCCAGAAAGUCAAUGCUUGCACUGUCUUCCAUUUUUCUCAGAAGAUCUCUGCAUCUAGCUUGCUCGCACCACCGUUCUCUUCUCCAUCCUGGACUGCAACUGGGAUUCCCUGUGUUCCGCGUGUGCCGUGAGCUCUGAGCAUUCCAAUGGCAGAGCCGGUGGCCACCAUGGUGGUCGGGCCGCUGCUGUCCACUGUGAAGGAGAAGGCGUCCAGCUACCUCCUGGACCAGUACAAGGUGAUGGAGGGCAUGGAGGAGCAGCACAGGGUCCUCAAGUGCAAGCUGCAAGCCAUCCUGGACGUCAUCGCCGACGCCGAGCAUGCCGCGUCCCACAGAGAAGGGGCCAAGGCUUGGCUUCAGGAGGUCAAGACGGUGGCCUACGAGGCGAAUGAUAUUUUUAAUGAGUUCAAGUACGAGGCGCUCCGUCGUGAGGCCAAGAAGGAUGGGCACUACAGCAAGCUCGGCAUUUGUACAGUAAGAUCCUUCGCCACCCACAACCGUUUUGCGUUCCGUGACAAAAUGGAGAAGAAGCUAUGCAAAAUCUUGCAGGCCAUUGAGGUCCUUGUGGCUGAGAUGAACACCUUUGACUUUAAAUAUCAGCAGCAAGCACCAAUAUCCAUGCACUGGCAGCAGAUGGAUCCUGUUAUCUCUGAUCCAAAGAAAAUCAUUAGCAGAUCGAGAAGCCAAGAUACUAAGAAUAUUGUUGAUACACUAUUUUGUCAAGCUAGCAAUGCAAAUCUCACAGUUGUUCCCAUCAUUGGGAUAGGGGGGCUAGGCAAGACCACCUUAGCGCAACUCAUUUACAAUGAUCCUGAAGCUCAGAAGCAUUUCGAGUUGCUCAUAUGGGUUUGUGUCUCUGACAGCUUUGAUGUGGAUUCCUUGGCUCGAAGAAUUGUUGACUUUCAUCUUAAAAAUAGUAUAAUUAAGGCACCUUUUAAGAAGGGCCCAUUGGAUAGCCUCCAAAUUGUACUAAGUGGGCGUAGAUACCUCCUUGUCUUGGAUGAUGUACGGAACCUAGAGAGCGAUAAGUGGAAAAAGCUCGAGGUCCGCCUUACACAUGGUGCUAAGGGCAGUGUGGUUUUGGCAACUACUCGUGAUGAAGCAGUCGCAAAAAUAAUGGGUACAGUUAAAGCCUAUAAUCUCGCAGCUUUGGAGGAUAACUUUAUCGAGGAAAUUAUCGAGUCAAGAGCAUUCAGUCUGCAGAAGGAAGAAGAAAGGCCGGCCAUGCUAGUUAAUAUGGUUGGUGAGAUCGCGAAGAGAUGUCGUGGCUCUCCUUUGGCUGCAGCCGCGCUGGGCUCUAUGCUGCGUACAAAGACCAGCAAAGAAGAAUGGAAGGCUAUAUCGAGAAGAAGCAACAUUUGCACUGAGGAGUCUGGAAUUUUACCGAUGCUCAAGCUCAGCUACAAUGACAUGUCAUCACAGAUGAAGCAAUGUUUUUCUUUCUGUGCUGUGUUUCCCAAGGAUUACGAUAUUGACGUGGACAAACUGAUCCAACUAUGGAUCGCACAUGGCUUUAUCAUGGACCAAAAAGAAGUUAGUCCUGAAACCAUUGGCCAAUGGAUUUUCAAUGAGCUGACCUCAAGGUUAUUCUUUGUGGAUGUGAAGAAAGUCCGAGUCUCACGGUAUGAAUAUGCGCGCCCGGUGGUGGGUGAUUAUCCCAAACAUACAUGUAAAAUCCAAGAUCUUAUGCAUGAUGUUGCAUUGUCUACAAUGGAAAAAGAAUGUGCUCUUGCACCUAAGGAACCAUGUCAGAUUGAGUGGCUUCCAGAUACAGCUCGCCACUUAUUUUUGUCUUGUGGACAACCAGAAACUAUUUUGAAUGAAUCUGUGGCGAAAAGAUCUUUGGCUAUCCAGACACUUAUGUGUGCUUGUUAUCUAGAAAUGGGAGUUCGGUUGCAGCAUUUAUCAAAAUACAACUCUUUGAAGGCAUUACGGCUCCUUUUAAAUUGGGGCGGACAAUUCCAUUUGAAACCAAAGCAUCUGCAUCACCUAAGGUACCUUGAUCUCUCAAGAAGUUAUAUCGAAUCACUUCCUGAAGAUAUAAGCAUUUUAUACAGCCUACAAACAUUGAACAUAUCUUGUUGCUACUCACUUCGUCGGCUUCCAAGACAAAUGAAGUAUUUGACCGCCCUCUGUCACCUAUACACCCAUUGUUGUCCGAAGUUGAGGAGCAUGCCUGGUGGUCUCCGAAAACUCGUGUCCCUGCAGACACUUACAUGUUUUAUAGCAGGUCCUACUGGCUCUAAGUGCAGUGCCAUUGGAGAGUUGCAACAUUUAAACCUUGGUGGUCAGCUAGAGCUAACUCAACUAGAGAAUGUGACAGAAGAAGAUGCAAAAGCGGCAAAUAUCGGCAAUAAGAAGGAACUGCGAGGCUUGACAUUAAAAUGGAGCGUUGGUUGUGCUGAUGAUGCUAGAGUGCUCAAGAGUCUGAAACCUCAUGAUGGACUGCCGGGUGUAAGGAUAGAAUCCUACGGAGGCACCACCUUUCCGACAUGGAUGGCUAUGUCGAGAAACAUGGUUGAGAUCCAACUUUUCCAGUGUGAAAAACUGCAAUGGCUAUUCGGUUGUGAUACCACCUUCACUUUUCCAAAUAUGAAGGAGCUUACACUUCAAGAUCUGCAUUGUUUGGACAGAUGGUGGGAAACAAGUAACGAGGUACAAGGACAAGAGAUAAUGUUUCCUCGGCUUGAGAAGUUAUCUAUUGUUAGCUGUGCAAAGUUAACAGCGUUGCGGGACACAACACUGCUUGGAGAACCUCAUGGUACAAUGGCACGGUCAGCAUUUCCAGCAUUGAAGGAACUCUACUUGGAUUUCUUGGACAACUUUUGGAAAUGGGAGGCAACCGAGGGAACACAGAGAGGACACAUGGUAUUUCCUAAGCUUGAGAAACUUACAAUUAUGAACUGUUCUAUCCUGACAGCAUUACGGGAAGCACCGGUUGAUGGAGAUCAUACCAUGGCACGGUCAGCAUUUCCUGCAUUGAAAGUUCUGAAAUUGAAAUGCUUGAGCAGAUUCGAGAGUUGGCAUGCAGUCGAAGGAUCUAAGCGAGAAAAGUUAAUGUUUCCUCAGCUUGAGCAAUUGGUUGUUAUACACUGUGAAAAUAUGACAACAUUAUGUGGGCAGCGGACCUUCCCUAGCCUUCAGGAGAUCCGUUUCGAGUUUUGUCCAAAGCUGACAACAAAAGCUAAAUCACCAAAGCUCAGCGUGUUACACAUGGAGGGAAAUGAGGAAGAGAUGUUCCUGUGGGUAGCUAGACAUAUGACGUCAUUGACCAAUCUGAAACUAAAGAACCUUGAAGAAACGCAAUCAACCUUGAAGGCGGCUGGUAAUAGUUUGACACAAGUGGUGGACGCCAUGGAAAAAUGGAAUCCAGAUGAUUUCCCUAUGGCAAUUAUGCACUUGAGUGGCUUCAAGUCGGGUGUAACUGAGCUAUGUGCAUGUUUUGUACGGCUUGAAUGGUUGUACAUCAAUGAUUGUGCCGCGCUUGUCCACUGGCCAGAGAAAGAGUUCCAAGGCUUGGUAUCCUUGAGGAGUCUAGAGAUUUCUUACUGCAAGCAACUGGUUGGAUACGCACAAGCUCCUGCAGCUGAGCCAUCAGCAACAUCAGAAUCCUCGACUCAGCUCCUGCCAAGCCUCGAGCAUCUCAAGAUAGUUCAGUGUGAAAGCAUGGUAGAGGUCUUCAAACUCCCGGCAUCCCUGAGGAAAAUGGAAAUUCUUGAUUGUUCUAAGCUCAGGUCCAUAUUCAGUAGGAGGCUGCAGCAGGAACAGGCAGCAGCAUCGGAUCUUCAAGGGCGAUCACCUGUAUAUUCAGAGUUGUCGUCAUCGUCGUCAGCUGUAUCCAGGGCAGAGCAUUCUCUCUUUCCAUGUUUAGUAUCUAUAUACAUACGGGGGUGUCAUAGCUUAACAGGGAUCCUUGAUCUUCCCCCGUCGCUCAAGGAAAUUAAAAUUACCAUUUGUUAGUGCAGUGGGUUGAGAUCAGUGGAAUCUCACUCGGGAGAGAUGCCAUCAUUGUUGGAGAAACUCAAGAUCGGAGGAUGUGAAAUCCUGUCAUCCCUACAAGAUGGGUCACAAGCAUGUUCUUUACAUUGGAAACUGUCCUAGUAUGAAGAGACUCCCUACAUGCCUGCAGCAGCGUAUGAGCAGCAGUAGCAUCCAGAAGAAAUGUCUAGAUGCCCAUCUUGAAGGGCCUAGUCUACUGAAGCCCAAGGCGUGGAAGUAUACCAUCUGCAGAGAUUAGUGAGCUGUCGGUAUGCAACACCAUCACCAUGGGAAGCAUUGUUGGUAGGCUUUCUGUUAUGGUUUGCUACUUGUUGUUUCAAGACUCCAUUUUCUCAAAUGAAAAUGUGGCCCUCUUUGAUGGGGAAAAAAAAUCACCAUGGGAAGCUACCAAGCAGCAGCAGUAAAGGAAGAGAUUUGAUUAUAUGCAUGGGCCGUCGCUAUAUUUUGGGAUGUCUUCUGCUGGUGUUGAUUGUGCACGGCUCUGCCUUUUCGCAGAACUGUUUCUGCUCAUACAGCCUGGAUAGAGUAGAGAUCAUGUUUGAAAAGAGUAUGUAUUGUCGCGAUAUCGUUUGCCAACAUUCAUAUGCCAAGAAUUCUUUGACAUUUGAUUUGGGCAUGUCGCUGUAUUUCCUGUCACAAAGAAUGUACUACCAAGUUAUGGCAUGAACAUGCGUGACGGCCUCUGAUUUGGAACACUUGUGUGAGACCUUUAUAAUAACUCCUUCACCUUGAAUAUAUAUGGUUUCAGUACCUGCUGAAACACUCAUGGUUGUCAGCUGCAUCUUGGACUCGGUGGUCAGCUAGCAUUGCAAUGGUGUGCUCAGCUAAUUAGUUUGAGUGUGGCCUAGAUAAGAGGUGUAGCUACAUGGCCACACAGCUACAACUUUCCCAUAGUAUCUGAAGAAAAGGAAUGAAAC